AUGGAAUGUGUUGAUAACUUUCUGGUCCAGGUGUUGGACAGACUGACCAGAGGUGAAGCGCUGCUGGACCUGCUGCUCACCAGUGCGGAGGAAAUCAUUAAUGGUGUUAAGGUUGAAGGCAGCCUGGGUUGCAGUGACCAUGUCCUGGUCGAGUUUGUGAUCCCGAGGGAUGUGGGCAUGGUGAAGAGUGGCGUCAGGACCCUGAACUUUGGAAGAGCGAACUUUAAGCUGUUCAAUGGACUGUUGGCCGAGAUCCCCUGGAAUGCUGUGUUUAAAAACAAAGAUGCUGAGGAGAGAUGGCUGUUCUUCAAGAAUGCCUUCCUGAGAGCACAAGAACUCUCCGUCCCUCUGAAUAAGACAGAUGAGGUAGGAAGCCAGCAUGGCUUGCAGGAACAGGGAGGUGAUUGUCCCCCUCUACUCUGCUCUUGUGAGGCCCCAUCUGGAGUACUGCAUCCAAGUGUGAAACCCGAGUACAAGAAAGACAGGGAGCUGUUGGAGAGGGUCCAGAGGAGGGCCGUGAAGAUAAUCAGGGAACUGGAGCACCUCCCCUACAAAGACAGGGUGAGGGAGCUGGCUUUGUUCAGCCUGGAGAAAAGAAGGCUGCAGGGUGACCUUAUUGCAACCUUUCAGUACCUAAAGGGAGCCUACAAAGGGGAGGGGAAUCAACUCUUUGAAAGGGUUGAUAAUAGUAGGACAAGGGGAAAUGGUUUUAAGUUGAGGGAGGGGAGAUUUAGGUUGCAUGUCAGGGAAAUUCUUUACUAUGAGAGAGUGGUGAUGUGCUGGAACAGGCUGCCCAGAGAGGUUGUGGAUGCCCCGUCCCUGGAGGUGUUCAAGGCCAGAUUGGAUGGGGCCCUGGGCAACCUGGUCUAG